AUGGUGAGGGGUUUGCUUUUUGUGCUAUUGCUCAUCCAUGCAAGUUCUUCUGCAAACGGUGCCGAUGAGAAAGAGGCUCCAUGGCUAACCCUAAACGGAAAGGCGCCGGCGGUGGUAGCUCGAGAGGGUUUCUCCGGGCAGUUCCCUGAAGACACCGGAAUGGCGUUCACAAUUCGUACAUUCGACGGCAUGCUCUUGCUUUGCAGCGUACAGUUAACGAUGGACAACGGGGCAGUUUGCCAGCCAGAUGUGGAGAUCAGCAAAUCCACAAACGUACAGGCCCUCCAUCCAAACAUGUCCAAAACUUACAACGUGAAUGGCAAGAACGUUAGCGGUUACUUCACCAUUGAUUACACCAUGAAUGACCUCGUAGAGACGAUGGUUGGGGUUCAACGCAUCAUGACUCGAUCAGAUGCUUUUGACGGCUACAGUAUUAUGCCAUUUGAAGGCGAGAGACAGUUCAAGAUGCCUCUUUUGUGGAUCAAUGUUCCGUAUGUUCAAUUCUUCUCAGAACACAAGAUGAACAUGGAGGAUUUCAUUCGCCAAGUCCCGCUAACCAGCAAACAUUGCCUCUCCUCGCCGGAGAUCGGUUUCUUGAAAGCAAUGAGUGACAGAAAGCUACCGGCUGGGCUGAAGCUCUACUUCACCUUCCACGGCAAGGACGCCAUCGAGCCCACGACCAAAAAGACGUACGGUUCGAUCGCGUCGGACCUGGCCGCGUUGAAGCCGAUCGUGGCCGGAAUCGUCGUCCCGAAGGACUACAUUUGGCCGGUCGACAAAUCCAACUACUUGGUCGCACAGCCGACGACUCUGGUGACCGACGCUCAUAAACUUGGUCUCGAGGUUUACGCUUCCGGCUUCGCAAAUGACAAUGUGCUCGUCUACAACUACAGCUACGAUCCGAUGGCAGAGUAUCUCAACUUCAUCAGCAACGGCCAGUUCUCCGUCGACGGAUUUAUCACCGAUUUCCCGCCGACCGCGACGGAUGCCAUCAUGUGUUUUGGACCGUUACCCGAGAACCGGUCGAAACAAGGGCAACCUCUGAUCAUAACACGAGGAGGAGCCUACGGAGUCUACGCUCCGAGCACCGACCUCGCGUACAAGCAAGCGGUAGACGAUGGUGCGGAUGUAAUCGAUUGCAGCGUUCAAAUGUCGCAAGAUGGAGUUGCUUUCUGUAUGAUUUCUCCAGACCUCACUACAAGCACCACCGCAGCAACCAUCUUCGUGGAUCGCAUCACUGAUGUCAAAGAAAUCCAAGAGGAAUCGGGCAUCUUCUCUUUCGCCUUGUCGUGGGACGAGAUUCAGACGUUACAACCUCAAUUGUCCACCCCUUACGAGAAAAGCACAGGCCUGAAGAGAAACCCUCUGUUCCGAAACAAGGGCAAGUUUGUAACCCUUGCUCAGUUCUUGGAGUUCGCCCGAUCGAAAUCUGUUACCGGCAUUCUGAUCAGCCUGGAUAAUGCGCCAUACCUUGCGUCGAAAGGUCUAGAUCUCGUCACCACGGUCACCGCGGCCUUAACCAAGGCACAGUACGACAAGAAGUCCGGUCCGCAGGUCUUCAUUCAAUCCGACGAUACGUCCGUGCUAGCCAAAUUCAAGAACUUCCCAUCUUACAAAAGGAUUCUCUCCAUCAAGGAAGAAAUCAGCUCCGUGAACAAGGCCGCCGUAGAGGAAAUCAAGAAGAAUGCCGAUGGGGUCACCUUGACGAGAUACUCCAUCCUCCCCACCAACCCGCAAGGCUUCCUGACGUUGGAAACCCCGAUCGUCGAGACAUUGCAUAGCGCGAACCUGACGGUCUUCGUCUCCACACUCAACAACGAGUACAUCACGCUAGCGUUCGACUACUUUGCCGACCCGACGGUCGAGAUCGCGACGUACACACACACGGUCGGAGUCGACGGGUUCAUCACAGAGUACCCAAAGACCGCCAACAGAUACCAGAGAAACCCAUGCUCAGACAUCAACCGCAGCUAUACCAUCCUCCCGGCCGGGCCUGGAAGUCUCUUGAACGAAACUCGCUCAGCGCCAGCAGAUCCUCCAAAACCAGCUCUCACCGUUCAAGAUGUCGUCGACCCACCGUUGCCCGAAGUAGCCAAACCGAAAGACCCUGCUUCGAAGCAGGAGCAGGAAGCAUCCACUUCAUCUUCUUCUGUAGCUGCUGGACUCCAAUCGACAGCCCCCGCCGUCGCCGUUGCCGUGGCGUUGCUCUGCUUUCUCACUGCGGGACACAAUUGGGGUUCUUAA